UAUGGAAAAUGAUCAUCAUUUGAUCAGCAGCAGCCCAAUUAGGGUUUGUGCUGAUUGCAGCACAACCAAGACUCCUCUUUGGAGAAGUGGUCCCAAGGGCCCUAAGUCGUUGUGUAACGCAUGUGGGAUUAGGCAAAGGAAGGCGAGGCGGGCCGUGGCGGCUGCUGCAGCUGCAGCUGCGUCUGCCGCCAGCGGCGUGGUGGCUGAUCCGCCAACGCCUCCGGCGAAGAUGAUCAAAGUGCAACAUAAAGAGAAGAUUGGGAAAAGUGCAACAAAUUCAUCACUGAUGAAGAAACGUUGCAAAACGACGACACCGGUCGAUGCUGACUCGUCGUUAACGGACGAGUCUAGUAAUAAGAAAAAGAAGAUUGGUAAUAAAUUAGAGGAAUUCUUGAUUAAUUUGAGCAAGAAUUUGUCGUUUCAUCGGAUGUUUCCGGAAGACGAGAAGGAUGCCGCUAUCUUGCUCAUGGCUCUAUCUUCUGGCUUGGUUCAUGGCUGAUUUUUAUGACAUUUAAUUUGUUGUUGUUUUUUUUGGUGAGCUAGCUUAAAUAUAAGGUAUUUUCAAUAUAUAGGAAUAAUUAAUAAUAAUAAUAAUAAUAAAAAUUAAAUAAAUUAGGAGAGUAGUCUCUUAGCUUUUUGUGUGUGUAGGGAGAUCAAGUUAAGUGAGUGAGAUUCAAUAUAUGUUUUUUUUGUUUGUUUAUUUCCAUAUAUUUGGACAAGUUGAUAACCUAAUAUGGAUCUCUUGUUCAAUAAUAUAUAAAUUAUCGAGUUGUACGUGUGUGCAAGUUAAUCAAUUAUUUUCAUUAUUUA